AUGGCAUCUGAAGUUAAGUCCGACAUUAUGGACGCAAAGGCCAAAGGCACUUCGUCGAUUGUGGACGAAGGCGCAGUGCCCUCUGUCGACAUUGAGCGUACUGCGUCUCUGCCAACCUACAUACCUGGGUCUGCAUUGGAGAAGCGUCUAGUGCGAAAGCUUGACUUUAUUCUGCUACCUAUGCUCUGGUGGAUGUAUAUUCUGGCCUACGUUGACCGAGGCAAUGUGGCGAAUGCGAAUGCUGCUGGCUUGAGCACAGAUCUAGAUCUUAGUGAGGGGGAUUACACGCUCGUCGUCUCAAUCUUCUUCAUCGGCUACACUAUCUUCGAAGUCCCAUCCAACCUUCUACUCAACAAGUUCAGGCCCUCGCGGUACCUCUCUACCAUCGUUAUAGUCUGGGGCGUGUGUGUCGCGGCCAUGUCUCAAUGCAAGAACCGAACCGAGUUUCUCGUCGGCCGAUUCUUCCUCGGCUGCAUCGAAGCUGGCCUCUUCCCAGGCGCGUUGUACUUGUUGACCUGCUGGUACACCAAGGCCGAGAUUGGCAAAAGGUUUGCAAUUUUCUAUACUUCCGGAACUAUCGCACCGGCUCUGGGAGGUAUCAUGGCUGGAGCAAUCAUCUCGUCAUUGGAGGGGAAGUUGGGGUGGGAGGGAUGGAGAUGGCUAUUUCUUAUUGAAGGAGUAGUUACAGUUUUCUUUGGGUUUCUCUUCUACUUCAUCCUCAUCGAGUACCCGAUCAACACCACCAAGUUCUUCACCAAAGAGGAAUGCGACCUGGCCUAUAACCGCAACCUCCACGACCGACAGAUUUCAGUUGAGCAUAGCAAGCUUCGCAUGACACCCUGGCAAUCUGUGAAGGCUGUUCUCGCUGACCCACGGUCUUGGGGAUUCCUGUGUCUUUACAUCAUCGAUUCCACGUGCACGUCCAUCUCUUACUUCAUUCCUGUCACUCUCAAGGCUAUGGGGUACACUUCAAUCACAGCCCAGUGGAUGACUGUUCCGAUCUGGGUUUCUGGAGCCGUCAUCAUGGUAAUUGUCUGCACCUCAUCAGACUAUCUGCGAAACAGAAAUUGUCAUAUUUUCGGAUGCUUGAUUGUUGGCCUUGUCUGUAGCAUCGUCUGUGUGACAACAACAGACCCGAAGCCUCGCUAUGCUAUGCUUUGCUUCUACAUUGGAGGCAUAUACGCUGCCGUUGCCCUGAUCUUGAACUGGACUUCUGAAGAAAUGGCUCUUCCGGAUCAGAAACGCUCUGUUGCACUGGCAUUUGUCAACUCAUGGGGCAACUUGUCCAUCAUUUGGGGUAGCAGGCUCUGGAAGACCGCCGAGAACCCCGUGUACACCACGGGUUUUACCACCACCGCGUCUCUGGCAGCUCUGGGAGCCAUUCUUGCUGCAGCCCUGCAGUUCGCAUUCAAGUAUCUCCCAAAGGAGCCCAUGACCAAAGCUGAGAGAGAGCUGCUAGCGGCCCAGCAGGGGCAGCAGCGAGGACAGGAGGAUUGA